GAAGGACAUGCUUGGAAAGGGGCAGGAUGUGUCCUGGGAAAACAAAUGGUAAAGUGUGGCAGAAGAGGCUGGGUUAUGGGGGAGGUUAACUGGAAAGGUGGAGUGAACCAGAUCCUGGACUGUUUUCUUAAACUGUGCUGUAUGUCAUCUGCAGAGCUUGCGUGUUACUCUGCAGAUAUUGGGGAGCAAACUGAGGUUUGAGGGCUGGAGCUGGACCCGAUCAGUGUCCUGUUUGAUUAAGCCAGCUCUGAUGGCAUUUUGAAGGACCAAUAUUUGAGGGAUGAGGAGGAAAGUUAGGGGCUGGCAAAUUAGGGAGAUUAGAGUGUAGUAACUGAGAGAAGGGAAAAUGAACAUCUUAAGGUCUGAAGGAAGACAAUAACAUUGAAAGUAAAAGCCAGGAUCAGACAGGCCUUGUCCAGUUGGGGUCAAUGUAGCCUCACGGUACAUGAAAUUAUGUGAAAGACUAUUGGUCCAUUUUAACCCCAAGAUUCUAUGGGUUAGGUUUCUGUGACCACAUAAGAACUCUCCAUUCCAGAAAGGAGCAUUUCCCAGCAACUUUCCAAGCAUUUCAUUUCAGUAUAAUUGAAAAUAUAGCCUGUGAAGUAGGCCAUCAGAUAUAUGGAGAUCAUUGGUGAUUGCAUGGUGACAGGUAUGCAGAAAAAAACAAAAUGAUAUGCAGAUGUGGAACUUGCAUUUUCCAGAAUUUACAGGAAUUUACUGACUGACAAUGGCAGAAAGAGUCUUAGAGAAGCUGGAUAUUCUUGAUGAGCAAGCAAAGACCCUCUUGGCCACAAGAGCAAAGAAAAACUGCCUUCAGAGUCAAGUAAAGAGAAAGAUUUCAGUGAUACCCCUGACGUUUGAUUUCCAGUUGGAACUUGAAAAGGACAUUGGUACCUCCAUGUCUAAGACAAACUCAAAGAUCACAACAGACAGAUCAUAUGGCACUAAAAAACCAAAAAGAUCUGUCUCCUUCAAAAAUAUGCCUGAACCUAAAAAAAGUGAUUUUCAAAACUCAAAUUUAAGACCACCCUUUUUGCCAACAAAUAUAAAAACUCAGGAAAUCAAGUCAAUAGAGCCAAUAGAAGAAUAUCUAAAAUCAAGAUCUAUUAGAUCUUUUCAUUAUCUUAAGGAUAUACCUGAGACAGAAUAUGCUAAGCCCUUCCAGGAAUUAUAUUCACAGUAUAGACCCCAAUGUAGAAGAACAUCGGGUUCUACAGUCUUUUCUUCUGUACCCAGCAAUCAGUCUAAUGCAUAUAAGAAGGAAGACUCUAUUUACAGAAUAAAAUCUUCUUCUGAUUUCAAUGAUUUUGGUACAAAAGAAAAUGAAUCCAUCAGAAAUGAUCAACUAAAUGAGUAUUCAGGAAGACAGAAAAGCCUGCUCCCACUGUGCUUUGAGGAUGAACUGAUAAAGCCAGAUGCCAAGAUAAUCGACGUUAGUCUGGUAAAGACAGUAACUUCUCACCCGGGAAAAAAUGAUACAAACCCCAUAAUUUUCCAUGAGGCUGAAUAUGUACAAAUGUUACUUUUGACAAAAAAUAGGCUUUCUCCCCACUCUAUGGAAAAUGGAAAUGGUUGCCCAUAUGAAAGAUCAAAUGUUGUUUUAGAAAGAAAUUGUGAAAUGCUUAAAUCUGUAUCUAGAGAUCAAUAUAUUACUCCUUCCAAAACCCAAAGAACUCUGCCUACAACACAGAAGAAAGAUAUACCAGCAAUAUCUUUUGAAGUCAGCCAUAGGAUUGUAGAUGAUAAACUAAGGAAGAAAACUAGGAAGCAGACAUUCGAAAACAUAUCUUGGGAUAAAUUCUAUAAUUUUUCACAGACAUUUUCCAGCUUAAAAAAAAAAUUUGUGGGUUUCCUUGAUAAAACUGUUAUUCAAGAAAUGAGUGCUAAAACUGGAAAAUUUGAAAAAAUGUUUUCUACAGUAAAACCAAUGAGAGAAUUCAGUGCCUUACCUGUCAAAUAUUACUCAAAGCCUUCAAGAAAUAUACUCAAAGUCCAUAAAAUAAAUAAUGUAACAGCAUUGGAUGAUUUGUUAAACUUGUCAAGUGAAAAAUAAGCACCUCAUAAAAUAUUGUUUAUUCAGCAUUUUGGGGGUAACAAGAAGCAAAUAACGAAGUUAGAAGAUCAUAGAAGAAAUUCUUGUCUAAAUGGUAAUAUUCUAGUGGAUGGUAGAAGAGAACAAAGAAUAGAAAUUGAAAUUACAAACCAACAGUGAUAUAAUAUUUUCAGUAAAUAAGAGGAUAAAAUUAGGAAAUAAUGAUCACCAAGAGGAACUAGUUCAGAAAUUUCUCUUAUCUCAAUUUGAUUCCUCAGUCAUCAGCAUUCCUACAGUUAAGUAUGAUUCAGGACCAAGAAUGGUAUAGACUGACUCUGGAUAUUUGCUAUUGGAAGCCAAAUAACAUCAAAACUUUGUUCCAUAACUAGAUAUCAAAUAAAACUAUAUGACAUUAAUUUGAAAGUUGUGGAAUUAAUUGUAUAAAAGCACUUUGGAUAAUUGAUGGAAACUAUUACAAUAUUACAUUAGCAAUUCAUGAAAUUAAAAGCCUUUGCAAAAUU